GCGCCACAACUCGGAUUAGCAGUCUAUUGUGAGGUUCUGCCGCGAUCGGUUCAUCCUUUUUCAAUCUUUUUAUCGAGUGUUUAUUGUUGUUGUUGAGUUGUUGAAGUUCUAUCAUUGAUCUAUAAUCAGGAGUGGUACACCGUGAACGAGUCGUUUAAUCAGUGCGAGUUUUAUUAUUUGCUGAUAACUGUUGAAGAAAGCUGUUGCUGUGAGAGCUGUAAUCAGUCGGAGCCGUGCGAAACUAUAAAAGAUCUCCUCCUGCCCGCGGGUCUCACCCUCAGUAGCCGGCAACUGAAACAGCAACCGUCACGAUGGACGUUGAAUCCGAAGGUGUCCAACCGGUAAACGGGACCGGGAAUGGCCACACCACAUUUGUAAUAGACAACAGCGACGAAUCCCAUCGGAAUUCACUGUCCGCCCGGAGGCGGAUGUUUAUGUCACAACCUUCGACGGUGGCGAUACGUCGGCAGCAGGCGGUGUGCGUCCGGCGGGCACACAAAAUUUACGGAACCAAGAAGAAUCCGAACGUUGUGCUUGAUGGACUGAACAUGACCGUGCCGAAGGGAUCGAUCUACGGACUUCUCGGCGCAUCCGGUUGCGGUAAAACCACCCUACUCUCCUGCAUCGUAGGCCGCCGGCGACUGAAUUCCGGCGAAAUAUGGGUCCUCGGUGGUCGACCGGGAUCGCGAGGUUCCGGUGUGCCCGGACCUCGCAUCGGAUACAUGCCUCAAGAACUCGCUCUCUACGGAGAAUUCACUAUCCGCGAGACUCUUAUCUACUUCGGAUGGAUUUGCGGUCUCACGGUCGAACAGGUGGACGAGAAAACGGACUUCCUACUGAAACUCCUUCAAAUGCCGAAUGCUUCCCGGUUCGUGAAGAACCUUUCCGGGGGUCAGCAACGGCGCAUGAGCUUGGCCGCCGCCCUGCUGCACUCACCCGAACUGUUGAUUCUGGAUGAACCUACUGUCGGGGUUGACCCCGUCCUGCGGCAGAACAUCUGGGAUCAUUUGGUGGAAAUUGUAAAAAAUAGCAACACUACCGUGAUCAUCACAACUCAUUAUAUCGAGGAAACACGCCAGGCUCACGUGAUCGGUCUAAUGCGAGGUGGAAAAUUCCUAGCCGAAGAAUCACCGUCCGACUUGCUUGCCCAUUAUCAUUCCGAUUCGUUGGAAGAUGUUUUCCUAAAACUUUCCGUCAUGCAGAACAUGGGCAAACGACGGAGGUCUUCGAUUGCACAGGAAGUCGUAGAAGCUAUCCGGGUACCGGCGAUCGCCAACCCAGCGCUGGACCUGUCCCCAGAGGAAGAUCACGGGGAAAUAUCAGGCGAAUUUGGCGACAAUAUCUCGAUGUCCUCGCGUGGUCCCGACUCGAUCACCCCCGAGAUUCAAGCUCCUCCGCUACCGCCGGAGGAAGAUACCAAAGUUCCCUUUGUCGAUCACUUCAAGAUCCUCAAACCAAAUCACAUGCGGGCGUUAAUUUGGAAGAACUUCCUGUGGAUGUGGCGAAAUGUUGGGGUGAUGGCAUUCAUUAUUGGACUUCCGGUCGGGCAAAUAGUUCUCUUCUGUUGGGCUAUCGGACACGAUCCGGUGGGGUUGAAGGUGGCUGUGGCAAACUAUGAACUAGAACAGGCAAACCUUUCGGCGACAGCGGGAUGUCCCGUGACUCUAGGUUGUAACCAUACGUUGCUGAGCUGUCGGUAUCUGGCGAGUUUACGGAAUCGGAGCGUUGAUAUUGAAAUGUAUGAGAGCGAAGCCGAAGCCAUAGAACAGGUCAAUCGAGGCAAAGCUUGGGCUUCGAUGGUUUUCGCACAUAAUUAUUCUGAAGCGCUGUACCAACGAUCCGAAAACAUACGUAAAGUGCAUGAGUGGACCUUGGAUAUGUCCAGCAUUAUGGUUAGCAUGGAUAUGUCGAAUCAGCAAAUCGGAACUCUCCUGUACCGGGAUAUUCAGUACGCAUACUUCUCCUUUAUCGAAAAAAUUCUAACGGACUGUGAUGUAAACCCAUCGAAUGGGCGCCUGCCAAUCCAGUGGAAUCAACCAAUUUAUGGCGAAAAGACACCUAAUUUCACUGAUUUCGCCGCACCCGGUGUUAUUCUGACAAUCAUCUUUUUCCUCUCUGUGGCGUUGACUUCCGGCGCGAUGCUGAUCGAACGAAACGAAGGAAUCUUGGAGAGAUGCCUGGUAAUGGGCGUCACGGGAGUGGAGUUCUUAUUUUCUCACGUAACUACUCAGUUCCUGGUGAUGUGUGGUCAAACUACGCUGGUCAUUCUGUUCAGCUUCUACGUAUUCGAUAUAUCCAACAAGGGAGAUAUUGUUUGGGUAGUCCUGCUCACCAUCCUGACCGGUCUCUGUGGGAUGUGUUUUGGUUUCGUCGUAUCGUGUUCCUGCGAUAACGAGCGUUCGGCUACGUACCUGGCGAUGGGUAGCUUCCUACCGAUUGUGAUGCUGUGCGGUAUCAUUUGGCCGAUCGAAGGUAUGCAUCCGCUGAUGAAGAUUUUCUCCGUGUUCCUGCCACUGACCAAGUCCACCGAAUCGCUUCGUUCGAUGCUGCAGCGGGGUUGGCACAUCCAGAACCCGAACGUGUACAUCGGUUUUGCGGCCACCGGCACGUGGAUUGUGAUCUUUCUAGCCAUUAGUAUACUGUUGCUCAAGUUCAAGAAGGGUUAAACGGGGUUGAUGGGGACAGCUCACCGAGGGGGCUGCUGAAGGCUUUCUAGGGUAUAGUUUUACAGUGUUAGUUAGGGUUGUUUAUCAAGUAAGAAAAUCUUGCGAUUUUUUUUUGUGUUAGGUAGAUCCAAAUAUUUUGUACUUCAGUACGGAUAGGACUGACGGUAAUAUUUACGAUUUUAUUAUGUUUAUAAGUUAGACAAAACCAUUCAGUGUAUAUAACCCAGCCAGGCAUCUAAUUUAUGAACACGAAAAUCUCUCUGACCUAAUGUUAAAUAGUUUUCCCUUUUUUCAAAAUUUUCUAUGUGAUGGUCAACAACUUUCCGUUUCCGUUACCAAAAUACGCUCAAUGCAGCGCCUUAUGAGAAAAUAAAUGAUUGGAAAAUCAUUCUAUAAUGCAUGUAUUUGCCUAACAAUCUCCCCACGGAAGUAAUAAAGCGCAUCGCUGAUUGAGGUCGUGAAUAAA